AUGAGUGGGCAUAUAGACCCAGCCUUGGUAGAGCUCAAACAUUUGUUUUUCGUCAGCUUAAGCCAGAAUGACUUUUGUUAUAAUCCUAUACCAGAGUUCUUGGGUUCUUUGACUGAACUCAAAACUCUAGACCUGUCUCAUGCCAGAUUUGAGGGCAAGAUUCCUCCUCAACUGGGGAAUCUCACAAAACUCCAACAUUUUGAUCUUUCGGAGGAUUAUGGAGAUUUGAGUGUGGACAACCUCUCUUCAUUACAACUCCUUAAAUUGAAUUAUUUGAACCUUUCAAAGGUGGCUUGUAUUGGUAGCCUUAAACACCUUGAUCUCGAAUGGAAUGAUUUGCAACAGUGGGUUCCAUAUUACCUUGCAAACCUCGAGAACCUAAGAGAGUUGGAUCUCUUUACUAACAAAUUGAAUGGAAACCUUUCUAAGUUGCAUUUUUUUGGUCACAUUCCUGCAAACAUUGGACAAAUCAUGUUUGAUUUGUGGUACUUUGAUGCGUCUAAUAAUAAUAUUACGGGAAACAUCCCGUCUUCAAUAGGAAACCUGAAAGGGAUGUUUGCCCUCGAUCUCUCAGGAAAUGAGCUCUCGGGAAAUACACCUCCGAGCUUUUCAAACAUGGCAUUCUUGAAUUUGAAUGAUAAUGAGUUAUUUGGAAGCUCACUGUCUUCACUGGGGGCUCUUGAAGGUCUUGAUGUGCUAGAGUUGGCAAAUAACCGGUUAUCAGGAGAACUUCCUCAGGCCUUGAAAAAUGGGUCCUCAUUGACAACUCUCGAUCUUAGUUAUAAUGAGUUCGCAUGA